CAAAUUUAUUAAUUAUAUUAACCUACAACAAAAACAACAAAGUAAUGAAAGUAUAACAGCAAUUUCGGAUAAUAUUACGAUUGAAGACAUAGCAAAAGAGUUAAAUUCAAUUAGUAUGAAAUGA